AUGGUCAAUUCAGAAAAUGCUAGUCGCGAGGAUUUUACGCGAUUGACGCUCGUACAAGAGCUUGCAGCCGGCUACAAUCUUGUGUUUAAUAUUGCAUCAAGUGUGCCUUCAAUUGCUGUAAAUAUCGUAUUUGGUUCCUACACUGACAGAUUUGGCCGUAAGUUCUUAAUGAUCAUUGCAAUGACUGGUACGUUACUGCGCGUAUUAAUAUGUGUUCUUGGUAUAUACACAACGAUGGACUUGGGACUAUUUAACAUCGCGUUCGCAGUCGAAGGGAUCAGUGGUCAGGUAUUUUCAUGGCUCCUCGCUAGCUAUGCCUAUGUUUCAGACAUAACAAACAGGAAGAAUCGUGCAAUAGGUAUUGUCCUAAAUGAGGUUUGUAUCGGAUUAGGUGUAUCUCUAUCAACGCUUAUUGGAGGCUUUCUUCUGCAAGAAUAUGGUUUUAAAAGUCCACUGUGGGUAUCGGCAGCGCUUAUCGUAACUGCAAUCGUGAUAACCGUGUUCGUAUUACCCGAAUCUUAUCCAAAGUAUAAACGCAUAGUGUCCUCGGAUCGAUGCAAGAACCAACGGCAAGCAGUGGAAUUUUACUACGCAUCAUGGAAUGAUGGGCUUAGGUUGAAAUACAUAUUAGCUUUACUUAUAUUCUUUUUCACAAUGUUAACAGUACUUGGGCGCUCCAGCAUUGAAUUAUUAUACCUACUAAAUGCACCUUUUUGUUGGACACCCCAGAAGAUUGGAAUAUUCAGUACAAUAAAAAUGGCGCUAUUUCAGGUUGUUGGGAUGUUUUCUAUCGCAAUUCUCAAAUUAUUUCUUGAAGAUACCUCUAUAGCUAUUAUCGGUAGCAUUUCGCUUGCUGUCGCUUAUGUCAUUGAAGGAUUGUCGACCAAUGAUAUAAUGAUCUAUGUAGUGUCACUGGUUGGCUCUCUUGGACUAUUAACAAUUCCAAUGAUAAGAAGUAUUAUGUCCAUAAUGACAACCCCUGACAGGCAAGGGGCUCUUGCGGCAAGCAUAUCAGUUUUAAACCAAAGUGCACCUUUUGCAAAAGUCAUUUUUAACGUAUCACCAGAAAACGGUUAG